AUGUCCAAGCGGCCUAUGGACACCCGUUCAAGCCCGCCUCCAUUGCACCAACUCCCUAAACGCAAAAAGACAAGCAUAUCUGCACCUUCCGGUCAAAAUAGUAUCUCAACGCUUCAUUCGCCGACUGCCUCGCUCGAUUCUACUGUUACAAGCGGCCCUCCACGCCCUCAGCUGAUGCAGGCUCCCUCCAGUUCCAUGUCUCAAGGAAAUCCACAGAGCUCCGAUGGAUGGACAAAGGUUAAUAAGCGCAAGGAGAAAAAGGCAAAGAAAGCAAUGCAUAGUGCUUCCAAUAACCCACCGAGCUUUGCAUUCAAUGUUCAAGAGCUGGUCCGCCUACAAACUAUCUCCCUCCCUGAGAUCCGUGAUCUGGCCCUUCACUUGAUGGGCGACGCAUCUCCACCUUCGUGGCUACGGGUCUCAAACAAAGGAUCGAUUCAGCGUACAGUGGUGCUCCUCGUUCCGGGUAUCACUCGACAGAUCUUCGUACCACAUCUACAACCAAAGCCAAAUACUAGCAACCCACUGCUUCACGUCCCUCCCUUCUCUCAAACGUCCGCUCCGUCCUGCAAGGUCUCCUUCUUGAGCACAUUCCUUCAUGCGGUUCCGACUAAAGCACCUGGCGAGGCUCAGAGGAUGCAUAGCGUUCUUCAUGGCUUCUUUAUGGGGCCUGUUAGCGGCGAGGAAAAGAAGAGGCGAAUUCUAGAUCGGAUCAAAGGGGAGCGUGAGGCCGCGCAGGAUGUCGAGUCUUUCCUCCUUACACCCCAACAACUCUUAGAGAACGAGUAUCCAGUGCCGAGUUGGAUGUCCGAAGCCAGUCAGCUGGACGACACUUGGCUACAAAUCCCAGAGUACACGGGAACAGGCAAAGAUAGGAUACUGGCACUUGACUGCGAGAUGUGUAUCACGACGGCUGGUCGAGAGCUGACGCAUGUAUGCAUCAUCGACUUCGAGACCGGAGAGAAGCUCUAUGACGAGCUGGUCCUUCCGUCUGCACCAAUCACCGACUAUUUGACCCGUUUCUCUGGUAUCACACCUUCUUCCCUAGAAUCCGUCAACACUCGACUCGCAGAUGUGCAGGAGCACCUCAGGUCCUUGAUGUCACCGUCCACGAUCCUACUUGGUCACUCUCUCGAAAGCGAUCUCAAGGCAAUGAAGGUGGCCCACGGGAGAUGUAUUGACACCAGUGUCAUCUACCAUCACCCACGCGGCCAUCCCUUGAAGCCCGGUCUUAAAUGGCUGAUGAAGAAAUGGGCUGGCAAGGACAUUCAAAAUCGUGGAGAUGGGGGACACGAUCCAGAGGAAGAUGCUCGAUCCUGCAUUGAGCUCCUGAAACUCAAGCUCAAAAACGGCGCCGGAUUUGGUCAUUUCAUGGUCGACAUGGAGAAUAUACUGGAACGGAUGGCGAGAUCCAACAGCAAGAACGGAAAAAUGAUCCGUACUGCCGUCAUUGAUUAUGGAAAUCCAUCGACCUGGCUAGGCAGUAAAGCGACCAGUACCACUGCCUGCACUAACGAUGACGACGUGGUAAAAGGGAUCCAGGAUUCCCUUGGGACACAUCAAUUUAUCUUUGGGCGUAUGCUCGAAGUGAGCGAAGGUCUUGGAUGGACCUCUAAGAAGACGUUGCAGAUGGCUGGAACGCCUCCGAUAACCUCCACAAACCUUGACCAGGUCGUCCCGCAAGAGCCUACGAAAUCGGCAGACGAGCUUUACAGUGAACUCGACGGUCGGUUGACGGCGCUGUAUCGCUCUUUACCGCCUGCAACAGCAUUCAUUCUUUUCACCGGACAUGAUGAUCCGCGGAAAAUGGCCCAGAUGAAUAGCAAAAAGGCUGCGUUCGAGACCGCUAUCAGAGAAGGCAAAACCCCCGAGCAGAUACCGAAAGAAGAAUGGUGGACAUCGCAAGAGAGCCGAGAGCUUGAGGACGAAGUAGAACGAGUCAAGCAGGGUCUAUUGUUCCUCGGAAUGAAGUGA